AUGAGGGCACAUCACUCGGGGCUUCUAGUAAUUGCGCUCGGCUCUCUGUCGCUCGUUCAGGCGAACACGUAUCACUACUAUGACCAACCUGUGAAGAGAGGUCUGCUAGACUCGUUCCUGGGGGCUAUCGGCGCUGGCGGCAACGAUGAUGGAGCAGGAGGGGGAGACCAGGCUGGAGGGACUACAGUCACCGAGACGGUUCGACAGACGAUAACGGUUGGCGCCGCGGCCGCUGUUGACUUGAACGGUACGGCGGCCGCUCUCGUGCAGACGGUCACAGUCACCGAGGCAGCUGCUGCUGUAGGGAGUGGUGCGGCGACGAUCACGGUUACCGAAUUAGCUGCUGGUGUGGAGAGCGGCGCAGCGAGUGGUGCAGCUACGGUCACGGUAACAGCUGCAGCCGCUGGCGCGAGCAGUGCUGCUGCAGAGCAACUAUCCUUCGUGACGACGACGGUCUUUGGCACGGGCGAGGCAGCAACUGUCACGGUCACACCUCUGGCUACGACGGUAACGCAGGUCUCUACGACCACCAUGAUGCAAUUGAUCGCUUGCGGAACGACUGUUGGCACUCCUAUUCCAAUCGAUCAGGGGUUGGCAAUUGCAUCUGCCGCCGCCGCCGCCUCUUCCAUCGCUGCUGCGACUUCAGCAGCGACAACAGCUGCGCUGGUCACCGAAACGUCAACAACCACAGCAGCAGCGGUGGCCUCGCCUGUCGAGUCUGCCCCAGCAGUUGACGUAGGCACCACCGCAGCGACCAGUUCUGGUCUUGCGGCUGUCGGUCUACCCGGCGGUGUGGCCCUGGGAACUGGUUUCAUGGAUGAGUUUGGUGCGUGCGUGUGCCAGGUCGCUUGUGAAUCCGAGUCCUGGGGUCAGGCCGCCGCCGGGUUAGCCGCGGUCCCCAUCGACCUCGCGACAUCUUUAGCUGCAGUAGAUACUUCAACAACUGCUCUUGCCGCAACGUCCGUGGCGACUUCUGCAGCGCCGGCCGAGACGACUGCCGCAACGACCGCCGAGACAAGCGUUGCUGACACCACCACCGCUGAAACAACUGCCGCCACGACCGAGGCUACGACGGCUGUCGAGACAACGUCGGCCGCGACCACCAUCGCCACCACCGCCAUCGCAGAGGCUUCGAUCGCUCUACCAGUUGGAAACGCUAUUCCAUCAAUCGUCAACAACGCCGGCAGCCCAGCGAAUCUCGCGGUUACCAUCACGUCCUUCGUCGGCGCGAACGAGGGUCCAUCGAUCGUCCUCGACGGUGCGAGCUUGAACAGUGUUCUCACACUCGGGCCAAUUGUCUAG